AUGUCUCAUAUUAACGUCAUCUAAAGGUGCAGCAGCUGAUCUUUGCUCUUUGUGUCUCAGAGUGACGGCAGCCUGCAGACACAGAGGAGGAUUUUCUCUCAGACCUGGUCCAGACAGCAGAGAGCUGCAGAGGGAAGAAGCUGAUGGAAGAAGCUGAGUGAAGGCAGAAAGUGUGUGUGAGCUGCUGUGAGUUGAGCAGCAUGGAUGAGUGUGAGGACAGAGAGGAGGGAGUCCCUCCCUCUAAAAGCUCUCUGUGUGGGGAACAGGAGAACCAGAGCAAAGCUCAGAGGAAUCCACCUGGACCUGGACCUGGACUUGAACCUGAGCCUGAACUUGGACCUAGACCUAGACCUAUACCUGGACCUCAACCUUCACCUGGAUCUAGAACUAGACCUAUAACUCAACCUGGACAUGGACCCGGACCUGGACCUGAACUGAGACCUCGAUCUGUACCUGGACUUAGACCUAUACCUGGACCUAAACCUAUACCUGGACCUAGACCUAGAUCUAUACCUGAACCGGGACCUGGACCUGAACCUGGACCUAGACCUAGAUCUGGACCUGGACCUGCAUCCAGCUAUGUGUCCUUAAAGAGCGACCAGUCGUUUGGUCGUCUUAUUGACUUUAAAGAUCUUCAACCUACUGCUGCAGAGAAAAUCAAUCAGAAACCAGAGUCACCUGGACCUGGACCUGGACUUGGGCCUGGACCUGCAUCCAGCUUUGUGUCCUUCAAGAGUGACCGGUCUAGGGAUUAUCCUUUUGAUUUUAAAGGAGAAAAACAUCCUGCUGCAGAGGGAGUGGACCAGCAGAACUCAGAGGUUCCCAGAGCUCAGUCUGUCCAGCAGCAUCACCUGGACUCCAUAUUCAUGCUGCUGGAGGACAACAUGGUGACUUUUGUGAAGAAGGAGCUGAAGAAGAUGCAGAAGGUUGUAAGUCCAGAUUACCCAGAAUGGUCAGAGAGUCAGAGGGAGGACGAGGAGGAGUUGGAGGGUGAUGAUGAAGAGCAGAGGAGCAGCAGAGAGAUGUUUCAGCAGAUCACAGUGUUGUUCCUGAGGAGGAUGAAGCAGGAGAAGCUGGCUGACUGUCUGCAGAGCAAACUUGCUGCUGGAGUUUGUGAACGUGAACUUAAACGUGGUCUGAAGAAGAAGUUCCAGAGAGUGUUUGAGGGCAUCGCUAAAGCAGGACAGUCGACCCUCCUGAAUGAGAUCUACACAGAGCUGUACAUCACAGAGGGAGGGACUGCAGAGGUCAAUGAUGAACAUGAGGUCAGACAGAUUGAAGCAGCAUCCAGGAAAGCAGACAGAGCAGAAACAACCAUCAGAGCAGAAGACAUCUUUAAAGGCUCACCUGGAAGAGAUGGACCAAUCAGAACAGUGAUGACAAAGGGAGUGGCUGGCAUCGGGAAAACAGUGUUAACACAGAAGUUGACUCUGGACUGGGCUGAAGACAAAAGCAACCAGGACAUCCACUUCAUGUUUCCAUUGACUUUCAGAGAACUGAAUGUGGUGAAAGAGAGAAAGUUCAGCUUGAUGGAACUUGUUCAUCACUUCUUCAGUGAAACCAAAGCAGCAGGAAUGUGCAAGUUUGAAGACUUCCAGGUUGUGUUGGUCUUUGACGGUCUGGAUGAGUGUCGCCUUCCUCUGGACUUCCACAACAAUGAGGUCCUGACUGAUGUUACAGAGUCCACCUCAGUGGAUGUGCUGCUGACAAACCUGAUCAGGGGGAAGCUGCUUCCUUCUGCUCGCCUCUGGAUAACCACACGACCUGCAGCAGCCAAUCAGAUCCCUCCUGACUGUGUGGACAUGGUGACGGAGGUCAGAGGGUUCACCGACCCACAGAAGGAGGAGUACUUCAGGAAGAGAUCCAGAGAUGAGGAGCAGGCCAGCAGCAUCAUCUCCCACAUGAAGAGGUCACGAAGCCUCCACAUCAUGUGCCACAUCCCAGUGUUCUGCUGGAUCACUGCUACAGUUCUGGAGGAGCUGCUGAGAACCAGAGAGGGAGGAGAUCUGCCCAGAACCCUGACUGAGAUGUUCAUUCACCACCUGGUGGUUCAGGCCAAAGUCAAGAAGGUCAAGUAUGAUGGAGGAGCUGAGACAGAUCCACACUGGAGUCCAGACAGCAGGAGGAUGAUUGAGUCUCUGGGAAAACUGGCUUUUAAUCAGCUGCAGAGAGGAAACCUGAUCUUCUAUGAGUCCGACCUGACAGAGUGUGGCAUCGAUGUGGAAGCAGCCUCAGUGUACUCAGGAGUGUUGACACAGAUCUUUAAAGAGGAGAGAGGACUGUACCAGGACAAGGUGUUCUGCUUCGUCCAUCUGAGCGUUCAGGAGUUUCUGGCUGCUCUUCAUGUCCAUCAGACCUUCAUCACCUCUGGAAUCAACCUGCUGGAAGAACAACAAACUGCCUCCAAGAAGCGGAGAGUAUUUCAAAGGGAACCUGAACUAAAACAUCUCCACCAGAGAGCUGUGGACGAGGCCUUACAGAGUCCAAACGGACACCUGGACUUGUUCCUGCGCUUCCUCCUGGGUCUGUCACUGCCGACCAAUCAGAAUCUCCUCCGAGGCCUGCUGACACAGACAGGAAGUAGUUCACAGACCAAUCAGAGAACAGUGGAGUACAUAAAGGAGAAGAUCAGUGAGAAUGUGUCUGCAGAGAGAAACAUCAAUCUGUUCCAUUGUCUGAAUGAACUGAAGGAUGUUUCUCUAGUGGAGGAGAUACAAUGGUGCCUUAGAUCAGGACGUCUGUCCACAGAUAAACUGUCUCCUGCUCAGUGGUCAGCUCUGGGCUUCAUCUUACUGUCAUCAGAAGAACAUCUGGACGUGUUUGACCUGAAGAAAUACUCUGCUUCAGAGGAGGCUCUUCUGAGGCUGCUGCCAGUGGUCAAAGCCUCCAACAAAGUGCUACUGAGUAACUGUAAUCUGUCAGAGAGAAGCUGUGGAGCUCUGUCCUCAGUCCUCAGCUCCCAGUCCUCCAGGGUGACAGAGCUGGACCUGACUAACAACAACCUGCAGGAUUCAGGAGUGGAGAGUCUUUCUGCUGGACUGGAGAGUCCACACUGUAAACUGGAAGCUCUCAGGCUGUCAGGCUGUCUGGUCACAGAGGAAGGUUGUGCUUCUCUGGCCUCAGCUCUGAGCUUUAAGACCUCAAAUCUGAGAGAGCUGGACCUGAGCUACAACCAUCCAGGAGACUCAGGAGAGAAGAUGCUGUUGGACAAACUGGAGGAUCCACACUGUAGACUGGAAACUCUCAGGGUGACGCCUGCUGGAGUCCGAUGGUUGACACCAGGUCUGAGGAAGUAUUCCUGUCAACUCACAGUCGACACAAACACAGUAAGCAGAAAAAUCAAACUGUCUGACAACAACAGGAAGGUGACAUUUGUGGAGGAGGAUCAGUCGUAUCCUGAUCAUCCAGACAGGUUUGAAUGGUUUCCUCAGCUGCUGUGUACAACUGGUCUGACUGGUCGCUGUUACUGGGAGGUUGAAUGGAGAGGAGGGGUUGAUAUAUCAGUGAGUUACAGAGGAAUCGGAAGGAAAGGACUCAGUGAUGACUGUUGGUUUGGACAUAAUGAUCAGUCCUGGAGUCUGUUCUGCUCUGAUCGUGAUGGUUACUCUGUCAUUCACAACAAGAGAAAAACAUCCAUCAGGUCCUCCUCAGUCUCUAAGAGAGUUUCAGUUUAUGUGGACAUUCCUUCUGGAACUCUGUCCUUCUACAGAGUCUCCUCUGACUCUCUGAUCCACCUCCACACCUUCAACACCACAUUCACUCAACCUCUCUAUCCUGGAUUUAGGGUCUGGUGGACGUCUGGUUCCUCAGUGUUUCUGUGCUGAGUUGAGUCUCCAGAGUCUCCUCCUGGUAGAGAAACAGUGUUGAACAGAUAGUUGAGUCUCUCCAUGACUCUGUCCUUCAGAAACAUGUUUCCACAUUCAUGGAUUAAAUGUGUUUCUUUGUCAAAUCCUUCUAAAUGAUUCCUUGUAAACUUGUUCCUCUUCAAAGAUGGAAGUUGUGAUUAUUCCAGGAGCCAAAUGUUGUGUUUGCAUCUUUUUCCAGUCAAAUGUUGAGAGUGAAAAUCAGGAUGUGGUGUUUCCUCUGAUGCUCACUUGAACUAACUUUUAGACAAACUGUCUCCUAGACUCUGGUGGUAGGUCCAGGUGGUUGUCAUGGUUACUAGAUGAGGCUGUAGGCAAACAAACCAACACUCUGAUCAGUAGCAGCUUCACCUGCUGCUCUUUGUUCUUCCAGCUGAUGGAUGAACAGUUCUAAUGUUCCUGUACAGGUUCUUUGUAGAGCCUCCAUAUGAGAUGUGAACCUUUCGUCCUCGACUCUCUGACUUUGUUUUAUCCAUGGAACUGAAAUGCAUCCAAACUUUACUGCGUUACCCGCCGCUGUCUUCUCUCUCUCAGCCAAACACUUCAUCAUCCCGUUUCCACAGACUUUAUGAUCCUGAGCUUUGAAUGUGGACGGAUGGAUGGGAAUCAUUGAUCAGCAGGCAAGUAUUGAUUCCUGAUGCUUUAAUGACUAAAUGUCGCCCUCAUGUGGUCAAACUCUUUAAUUACAGCAGCUCCACAUCAAAGCUCACAUUUUAGUUUCCUUCUGUUCAGUUAAUAAAAUCCACAAACGAGGAGUUUGGAGCCGAAGGUGAAACGAUUAAAAGCUCAAAGUUAAAGGACACAAAAGCAGCAGCAUGAAUCCAGAACUCUGAGGACCUUUAUUUAAGGACUAAAUACACAUUUGAGCUGAUUUUCAUUUCCCAGAAGACACAAGAAGCCAUUAUUAUUAUUCACAAAUACAUUUGACAGAACUGUGAGAGAAAGAUGUUUCUACAAAUAGGUUUACUAUUUUGGUGAUCAUUACUCAUUUGAUGUAAAAAUCUAAAAAAUUUCACCACUUUUUCUUUCUUUUAAAUCAUUUUUACUUAUUUCCUCAUAAUUUGUGAUUAUUUAGAUGUUGUUUGGACACAUCAUGAAGAGUAACUGACACUUUUUAACAAAUAGAUCUAUUUUUUACUAAUAGACCUGAAAGAAUCACCAAAUAUUUUAACGUGGAAACAAUCCGAUCAUAAGCAGUCCACAGUGUUAUGAUAGUAAUACGUUGUUGAUAUGAUGUAAAAAAAAUAAAUGAGUAUCUGUGAUUAUUCUGUUUCUGACAUUUAACAAUUAACUGAGUGUUGCUGGAAUAUUCAGAAUAUUAAGGUGUAAAAACUCAUUUAUGUCACUACCUAGUGGUCAUAAAUAUCUUUCAACUGGAUUUAUUCAUUUUCUGAGCAGUUAUUAUUGAGGUGUCUGAAUGUUGGUUUGACAAGCUGUAAUUCUUAUUUGAUGACAUUUCUCAUCAUUUUCUGAUUGCAGAAUAACAAAAAUAUAAAAUUAUUUCAAUAGUGUGUUUAUACAGACGUCCUUCUUUCUUUCUCUCAUUUUCUUUCUUUGUUUUUCUUGUUUUCUGUUAGACAAGAUGUUAAAAUGUCUUUAAGAAAAUGAAGGAUUUAAAUGUUUGAACUAAUAAAAUAAAACCUAUCAACUAUUAAUAAAGAGUAAAAUAAACUAAAGACGA